AAGUUUCAUGCCAUUGUUUCGUUGUCUUUCUGGUCGGAAACUUUGAAACUACGUAAUUAUAGUUCGCGUUUGGUUCAGAGACACUGCCAAAUUCAGCUAUGAGCUUAUGAGAAGUGAGGCUUUUUGGUCGAGUAGCCCUAGUAUGCAACAUGUAGUUGAAGAUACAAAGCGCAUUUGUAGAGAAGAAAAGAGCUCAGAGACCAGGUGUUGCUGAAUGCCAUGAGCUGUUGAGCAGUGAUGGCAGAGCUGGAGGUGGAUCAAUCCAACCUGCCCAGAGUCCAGGAGGUGUGCCAGUGUUUUGCUGUACUGGAGGAUGGAGCUUUAGCUCAUAAUCUGCAAGAGCAGGAAAUCGAGCAGUACUACAGCUCAAAUGUGGAGAGGAGUCAGCUGGUGCAGAGGGACAUCAGAGUAGCCAAGAGACUGCAGGAUGAGGAGCAGCAGAGAGUGCAGACGCCACAGCAUCAGACCACUCGUCAGCUGGAGGAACGGGAUUCCGAAUAUGCACGCAUGAUUCAGGAGGAGAUCCAGCGGUGUGCUGAGGAGGCUCGAAGGAGGGAAGUUGAGGACGAGGAAAUCGCUAAAAGGAUACAGGAAGAAGAACUUUGUUUGAGGCACAGGAGCAGUUACCAAAAUAAAGAUGUUAGAGGGCCUGCUUUUAGGAGUGGAACAACUGCUCUUGACUUGGUAGAACUGGAGCAGGUGUUAAGGGAUGAGGAGCUGGCUCGCAGACUUCAGGAAGAGGAGGAGAGAUUGGUCGCAGAGGCUCAGCAUCUUUCCUCACCUCUCACCUCUAGAGAUUGUCCGGUUGGAGACUUUAGAGCGGCACAGGUUGCUCAGGAUGAGGAAAUUGCACGUUUCAUGCAGAAACAGGAGAUAAAAGUUAAGCGGAGUUCCCGUGAGUUGGAAUCUGCUGGGCAGGAAUGCAGGGAGAUUGAAAGAAGAGCAACAUGUGACAGACAGAGGCGGAGACUGGAUUCUGAAGGUCUUCGAUCCCCGGUUGAUGACUUCAGCCCAGACCAUCCAGGUCAAAUGUCUACACCAGUGCAAACACAAGCCAUUAAGAAUAUCGCAGAAGAGCUUGACCCCACAUUUCAAAGAAAAAACUCAGCCGAUGAUGGAAAAAUCAAUGGUCAAACUUCCCCACAGGCAGGCUCGUACAACCCAUUGGAUGAACCAACAUUUGUUCCACCCACAAAACGACAGAGUGAAAAACUCGGACGAGUAAAGACCAAAGAGAAAAAAGAAAAUGUGAAACAGAAAGAGAAUUGCAAGCAGCAGUGAUGCUGGACAUGUGAAAUGACCUGCAUUAAAUAAGUCAUAUAUGCAUGAUAUGCAUGCUUGUCCCAACACUUGGGGAUUUUCCAGUCUUCUGCUUUCACCAGUACUUGUUGGGAUUCAUUUGUAAUAAACAAACUUGCAAAACAGGGGCACUCCAGAUAAUGCUGCUGUUACUAGCCAACAUCUGUCAUGCUGUAUUUAGGUUUUCUGUUUCAUUUUUGGUUUAGCAGCUGGCUAGAAUGUCACCACAAAAGGGAAAGCUCCAAUCUAACAGACAGUGCUGUUCAAAAAAUGCAUUCCUGUAUGACUGGGAAUAUCAGAAAUUAUACUACGCUGAAGAAAAAGGAAGUUGACACACAUUGUUGUCCAACAUCCAAGCAGGCAUUCUUUUACUAUGGAUUGUACUUUCCUCUUCUUGUAUUCCAGGAACUACUUCAGCCUUAAAAAAAGUGUUAUUUUCGUUUUUGUGUGUUGCCUUCAAGAACACGUGUGUUAGCUUCAUGCUUUAAAAUGUUUACUAUUCUUAAUAUUAUUACUGAUAAUAUUUAGUAGUUUACAAGACCUGGAGUCUUGUUUCUCUUCUUCUGCCUCCUUUGUAGUGUACAUCAGCAUAUUUUAUAUGCUUUACCAGGUUAGAGGAAAUGAAACAUUUUGUACUGAUAAGUGCCAUUUUUACACGUGUUUAUUAGUGUCAUUACAUCAGUGUAAACAAUGUGUUGUCAACAAUCAGACCUUUAAUGCUUGUAUAAAGUAAAAAAAAAAUCCUUGUACAGAAGAUUAAAAAAUCUAUAUAAAUCC